AUGCUAGCCGACCACCAGUCACUGUCGGGAUUGCAAACAAAUCGGUAGCCGAGCACACCGAGCGGGCAAAGACGGGCCAUACCAUAAAGAGGAGGAAAAAAAAACAGCCAACCUCGAACCGCGCUUUUCCCAUACACUCGCCAUUACUACACACAAUCGCAAGCAGCAGCAGCAGCAGCAGCAGCAGUAGCAGCAAAUCGAUCCGCUCGAUUUCAGCCUCUCCCCCUUAUUGCACACGCACGCCCUGCGAGGGAGGACGGGGUGCUUAAUGUUUGGUUGGUGGUGUUUGUUGUUGUCGUUGUGGUUGCGCUAGAACAGGAAGUGGAAACAGGAAGCGAGUGCGCACGGCUACUAUGUUGCAAGCUUGACUUCGGGCCGAUUUACUACCCACUAAACGACGGGCAGCGUUGUCCACAGCGGUGUAAUACGAUGGUGUUCGAUCAAUGAGCAGCAGUGGUACGCGAAAUAUCUAACAAACAAAAAAAAAGGAAGACAACAUCGGCAAAGAGCGCGCGUCUCCCGACGCCUUAUUCUGAACAUUUGACCUGUGUGCACGGGGCGCUAGUGCAGGCGGCCUGCUACGUGGAUGCUACGCAUGCCGUACCGGCAGGGCGGAUAAACCGGUGUCGAACGGCGCCUCGCAAAACCCAUUCGGGGACCCCGAUGACCCAGACCGGCACCGCCUCAGGAGCUCAGCGUAAUUCGUCGCGCCAGGUCGGCCCGUGAGCGGGUGGGUUGGGAUCCAGCAACAAGCGGGAAGCGACACAAGCACCAGCAGAGCCAGUGACAGGCGAGCUCCAAACAUUCAAAAAAAAAAAAACAAAAACAAGAAAAUCCUGCAACAAACGGCAACAAAAUGUACGGAUUCGUGAACUACGCGCUGGAGCUGCUAGUUUUAAAAAACUUCGGUCUAAACAUAUGGGAACAAAUAAAGAAAAAGGCGCAGGUAAAUAUGGAGGGCCAGUUUCUGGUGCGCCAGAUCUACGAGGACGACAUAACGUACAAUCUGAUAGAGGCGGCCGUGGAUAUACUUAACAUACCCGCCGGCGACAUACUGGAGCUGUUCGGCAAGACGUUCUUCGAGUUCUGCCAGGACUCGGGCUACGACAAGAUCCUGCAGGUGCUCGGGGCGACACCGCGCGACUUCCUGCAGAACCUGGACGCACUGCACGACCAUCUCGGCACGCUCUAUCCGGGCAUGCGGGCGCCGUCCUUCCGCUGCACCGAAACGAACGGCCAGCUCGUCCUGCACUACUACUCCGAGCGGCCCGGGCUGGAGCACAUCGUGAUCGGGAUCGUGAAGGCGGUCGCCUCCAAGCUGCACGGUGUGGACGUGGAGAUCAAGAUCAUACGCCGCAAGGGCGACCCGGUCGAGCCGGAGGCGAAAAAAGCGACCGCAGAACCGCCGGUCGCUAACACCGCCGCCGCCGCCACACCGAAAGCCCGCCACUCGAUCCCGGAGGUGGUGAAAUCAGUUCCUAUCACGUCCCUCGACCCGGCCGUGCCGGAACUGGCCAACCUGGGACUGUGCAAGCGAAUUCUAGCCUCGAAAACGUACGGUGAAUCUUAUUUUUCGAAUAGACUUAAUAAUCUAGCCACCUCGAAGAGCAACUCCGCGCUCAAGCAACCUACCGACACAUCGGCGUCCAGUCAUGGCAAUAAACUUAGCAUAAGCAGUAGUCAAAACGGAAGCAAUAGUAUACCGCUCUGCGGCGAGGUUAGCAAAGCUAGUAAAGACACCAAUACCAAUUGUGAUAGCAGCAGCAGCAGCAGCAGCAGCGGUGGCCCGGCGCGCAACGGCCCCGAAUGGCAGCAGAAGGGGCCGAAGGGACCGGGCACCACCGCCGUCGAGCGGUCGGACCACUUUCAGUUUCUCAUCACCGAAAUCUCCGGCCCGAAGACGCCGACGCGCCGCUCGGACGAGAAGGAUCAGCAGGCGGUCUGCCAGCUGGUGGCUAAAGAACCGAUGAUCUCGCCGAUGACGUUUUGCAAAAUCUUUCCGUUCCAUCUGAUGUUCGACCGGAACAUGCACAUCGUGCAGGCGGGCCGAUCGGUUUCACGGGUAAUUCCCAGAAUUUACGAGAAAAACUGUCCACUGCUGGCACUCUUCGAAGCGGUGCGGCCCCAUCUACAGCUGAGCUUUGAAAACAUUCUGGCCCAUAUUAACACAAUCUACGUCCUGAAGACGAAGGCGGGCGUUAUGUCCAAGAGCGAGAGAUAUCUAAGACUGAAGGGACAAAUGAUGUACAUUCCUGGAUCGGAUCUGAUACUAUUCCAAUGUUACCCGAGCGUGAUGAAUCUCGACGAUCUAACCAAGAAGGGUCUGCACAUCUCCGACAUCCCGCUGCACGAUGCCUCCCGCGAUCUGGUGCUGCUGAGCGAGAAGUUCGAGGCGGAGUACAAGCUGACCACCAACCUGGAGAUACUGACCGACCGGCUGCAGCAGACGUACCGCGAUCUCGAGAGCGAGAAGCAGAAGACGGACCGGCUGCUCUACUCCGUCCUGCCGAAGACGGUCGCGAACGAGCUGCGGCACCAGCGGCCGGUCGCGCCGAAGCGGUACGACUCGGUGACGCUCAUGUUUUCCGGCAUCGUCGGGUUCGGCCAGUACUGUGCGGCGAACACGGACCCGGAGGGUGCGAUGAAGAUCGUGAAGAUGCUGAACGAGCUGUACACGAUCUUCGACGAGCUGACCGACUCGAAGAGCAACUCGAACAUCUACAAGGUGGAGACGGUCGGCGACAAGUAUAUGGCGGUGUCGGGGCUGCCGGACGAAUGCGAAAACCACGCGAAGUGCAUUGCGCGGCUCGCACUGGACAUGCUCGAUAUGGCGAAGAACGUCAUGAUGGGCACGGAGGCGAUGAAAAUCACCAUCGGCAUCCAUUCGGGCGAGGUCGUGACCGGUGUGAUCGGCAACCGGAUGCCGCGCUACUGCCUGUUCGGCAACACGGUCAACCUGACGAGCCGAACGGAGACUACCGGCGUCCCGGGACACAUCAACAUCAGCGAAACCACGUACAAGCUGCUCUGCGAUCCCGUCAAUCACGAUCCCUCGUUUAAUCUGGAGUACCGCGGACCGGUAGUGAUGAAGGGUAAGCCCGAACCGAUGGACUGCUGGUUUCUAACACGCAAGGGCACACCGGCCACUAAAUAAGCUGGACAGGCUUCGAGCACCCAUAUCCCCAAAAAACCGGAAAGCUUUCCUUUUCUUCUCAGCGAUGUGUGUGUGUGUGCGUGUGUGUAUGUUGAUAGAUGUUUUGAUGAACCAAUGCCGAUGCUCCCGCACCAGGGUUAGGCUUACAAUCGUUUGUUGUAAUGAUGUCGUGUAGGAAGGGAAGAAGCGAGAGAAGAGAGUAAAAAAGCGAAUCUAGUGUACUCCUUACGCGUGUAGGUUGUAUGUUUUUGUACUGUCUGCCAAAGCAAUCUAUCUCUCUAGUCACUCUCACACACUCUUUAGAUCAUUUGCCAAAGCCUCCGGAACACACACGAUCCCUUAGUCCAUUCGAUACGCGUGUAGGAAGCGUGUGUGUGCGCGCGCGUGUUUCCAGCAAUGACGACCAACACGGAGAGAGCUUGCCAUCGUCCUACUCCCCUACUACUAAGCUCUAGAUUCGCUGCGUGUUUCGUACUUGUAGGUUGUACGCGCUCGAAGGGGUUGAGAGAAAAAAAAAACAAGAUGGAGAUGUGUCAGAUGCUAAAUCGUUUCCUUCCGUUUCACACACUAUACUAGAAAGCCACGGUGCGUGUACUUUUGUAGCCUUUUUAGAUAGCUGUACAAUGAGAGUAUUUAUAUAAACAAACAAAACAAAAACCGACAUAGUUUUGACGUUGACAGUAUGUAGUUUGUAGGGGUACUAAUGGUAGUCUUCUAAAGAUUUAGUAGAUGGACGCAAACCAAAAACAAAACAAAAAAAGAUAAGAAAAAACAUUUAGCUAAUAUACAUAGAAUUUGGGCCAAUCGUGAUAGAUGUACAACAUAGUGGAAAUUUGCAAACAAUCGGUGCCAACCCGAACCAAGAAAAAGAUAUAACCAAUCUCCCGCCCUCUCCCUUUCCCUCGCCAUCCCCUUCAGUCCUAGCUAAAUGCUAUCCUGCGCGCGAUAAAAUUAUCUACUGCAACCUUAAACGAAAUCAAACAAACAAAAAAAAACGAACCAAAAAAAAACGAUACUAAAUAAUCCAAAGCAAACACAAACGUGAAACCGAUGUCUAGAAAUACCAUUCAUUAAAUCACAAUCGCCCUGCAUUGACAUUCAAAGCAACAAAAACUCCAUCACACAGCAUCGCACACUCAUAUACCACAGAGAGACACAUACAAAACGAAAAAAAAACGGACAUCGCCACAGACCGAUGGUGAUUAGCGUGCUGCAAGUACGAGUGAGCUACGCUCUACACGAGAUAUAUUACGCGAAUCAUGCUUCAAUGGGAGCGAUUCUUCUUCUACCGGUAAUAACUACAACAGCAAUGCCGAACAAAACAAAACGAAACAAACAAACAAAGUCGCUAAUGAUGAUGUUAUGACCAGAGCGAAACACAAAUAAAGUCUAACUAAUCCCUCUCUA